AUGGGGUUCUCCAGGGGACUUGUUUACCUCCUCCUCCUCCUGCACCUGCUGCAGGGGUCAGACGCAUCCCUGGUGAGGCUGAUCGACAACGGUUAUGAAGGCGUCAUCAUAGGUAUUGACCCUGCUGUGCCAGAAGAUGAAGCAAUAAUAGAAAAAAUAAAGGAGAUGGUGACUACAGCAUCUACAUACCUGUUUGAAGCUACAGAAAAAAGAUUUUUUUUCAAAAAUGUAUCUAUAUUAAUUCCUGAAAAAUGGACAAACAAACCUCAGUACAGGAGGCCAAAACAGGAGAGCUACAAACACGCAGAUGUUAAGGUUGCGCCUCCAGCUCUCCCAGGCAGAGACGAGCCGUACACCCGGCAGUUCACAGAGUGUAAAGAGAAAGCAGAGUACAUCCAUCUCACCCCUGACUUCAUGCUAGGGGGAAAACAAAGUGAAUAUGGAGAUUCAGGAAGAUUGUUUGUCCAUGAAUGGGCCCAUCUUCGCUGGGGAGUGUUUGAUGAGUACAGUGAAGACCAGCCAUUCUACAGUGGUUCAUCAAAGAAAAUUGAAGCAACAAGGUGCUCCACAGGUAUCACAGGUAUGAAUAGAGUCUAUACAUGCCAAGGAGGCAGCUGCAUAGCCAGAAGGUGCAGAACUAACUCCACCACAAAAUUGUAUGAAAAAGAUUGUCGAUUCUUCCCUGAUAAAGUUCAGUCAGAAAAGGCAUCCAUAAUGUUCAUGCAAAGCAUUGAUUCGGUGACUGAAUUCUGUAAAGAAGAAAACCACAAUCAAGAGGCUCCAACUCUGCAUAAUCAAAAGUGCGAUUAUAGAAGCACGUGGGAAGUGAUCAGCAGCUCUGAGGAUUUUAAUAACAAUGUGCCCAUGGAGACAGCACCCUCUGCACCCACCUUCUCACUCCUGAAGAUCAGUGAAAGAGUUGCCUGCCUAGUUCUUGAUGUAUCUGGGAGUAUGAAUAGCGCUGAUCGUCUCAAUCGAAUGAAACAAGCAGCAGAAUACUUUCUACGGCAGAUCAUUGAAAAUAGGUCCUGGGUGGGGAUGGUACACUUUACUCACGAGGCCACAAUUAAAAGUCAGCUGAUUCAAAUAAACAGUGACACCGAGAGAAACCAGCUUGUGAAAACUUUACCCACAAGUGCCGGUGGGGGGACUUCCAUUUGCUCUGGAAUCCGAACUGCAUUUCAGGUUUUUAAUAAUAAAGAUUUCCCGACAGAUGGGACAGACAUCGUGCUGUUGUCUGAUGGGGAGGACAGCACUGCAAAAACCUGUAUCAAUGAGGUGAAAGACAGUGGGUCCAUAGUUUAUUUCAUUGCCUUGGGACCAUCUGCUGACACAGCUGUAAUAAACAUGAGCAUUUUAACAGGUGGAAAGCAUCUGUAUGCUUCAGAUAUAGCCCAGAACAAUGGUCUCAUUGACGUUUUUGGGGCCCUUGCUUCAGAAAACGCUGAUGUCACCCAGAAGUCUAUUCAGCUUGAAAGUAAGGGUGCCUUACUGAACAAUGGUGUCUGGCUGAAUGACACCAUAGUAAUCGACAGCACAGUGGGAAAGGACACAUUCUUUCUUGUCACCUGGAAGCAACAAAUUCCUGGCAUUUAUCUCAGGGAUCCAACAGGAACACAAUUCACAAAUUUCACAGAGGAUAUAGCUUCCAAAAUGGCCUAUCUCAGUGUCCCAGGAACAGCUCAGGUGGGCAUUUGGACUUACAAUCUUGAAGCCAAAGCAAACCAAGAAGUACUGACAAUUACAGUAACCUCUCGGGCAGCAAAUUCUUCUGUGCCUCCAAUCACUGUAAAUGCUAAAAUGAAUAGAGAUGCCAGCAGUUUUCCCAGCCCAACAAUCGUUUAUGCAGAAGUUCUACAAGGCUAUACACCCAUCAUUGGAGCCCGGGUGACAGCCAUCAUAGAGUCAAAUAAUGGAAAAACAACAGAGUUAGAACUGCUGGAUAAUGGUGCAGGGGCUGAUGCUCUCAAGGAUGAUGGGGUCUACUCCAGGUACUUCACAGCUUAUUCAGAAAAUGGCAGAUACAGCUUAAAGGUACGUGCAGACGGAGGAACCAACUCUGCCAGGAGGAGUUUACGGCAUCCAUCAAGUAGAGCCGCAUACGUACCAGGCUGGGUAGUGAAUGGAGAAAUUGAAGGGAACCCACCCAGACCUGAAAUGACUGAGGCCAUUCAGCCAGUCCUGGAGAAUUUCAGCAGGACAGCAUCUGGAGGUGCAUUUGUAGUAUCCAAUGUUCCAAAUACCCCAUCUACCCAAUGGCCUGACAUGUUCCCACCAAGUCAGAUCACAGACCUUCACGCCACACUCAAUGGAGAGGAGAUCAGUCUAACGUGGACAGCACCGGGGGAUGAUUUUGAUGUUGGAAGAGCUCAACAGUACAUCAUAAGAACAAGCGAAAAUAUCACCGACCUCAGAGACAAUUUUGAUGGGACGCCUCAAGUUAAUACGACUAACCUGGUGCCAAACGAAGCCAACUCCAAGGAAACUUUUGCCUUUAAACCAGAAAAUAUCUCAGAAGAAAAUGCCACCCACAUAUUCAUUGCCGUUAUAAGUGUCGAUAAAAGCAACUUGAGGUCGAGACUGUCCAACAUUGCACAAACAGCGCUGUUCAUCCCUCAGGCAGAGCCUGGGCCUGAUGGGCCUGAUGGGCCUGGUGCUCCUGGUGGAAGCCCACAUUCCGGAGUUAGUGUUUCUACUAUUGUGCUGUCCGUGGUGGGUUCUGUUGUACUUGUUUGUAUUAUUGUAAGUGCCACUAUUUGUAUCUUAAGAAACAGAAGGUCCUCAUCAAGAGCUGCAACAACAUUCUGAAAAACAACAUGAGUA